UUCCCGCACUUCAACACACACCAUCUCUUCUCUCCCACAGCUUUCACUUAAAAAAAAUUCUCAAGAAUCUCCCUUCCCGUUUGCCCGUUUGCCUGUUUGGCCCUUCCGGCGUCGCCUAAACCAUCGUUUGACAACCGAGAAACGGCGCCUGAGCCUCCCCGAUCACCCAUGGACCUCAACAUGAACCUCAACAUCUCAACUACCUUUCAGUAUUGGCUUGUGAAGCACCCAGCCAUCCUGCACUUCUCAUGGAGCCCUAGUGAAACCCCGGCCUCAAGCCCACUCUUCCUAUCCCUAACUAUCAUCGCCUACCUCACCUUCACUUUCCUCCUCUCCCACCUCCCUCUCCCAAUUAUCAAACCCCGCCGUCUCAAACCCAUCACCGCCUUCCACAACCUCAACCUCCUCCUCCUCUCCCUCAUCAUGGCCGUUGGUUCCCUGGUCUCCAUCUUCUCCUACGCACCUUACCCUUUCUGGAUCAUCUGCUUCCCACCGAAAACCCCACCAACGGGGCCUCUCUUCUUCUGGGCGUACAUCUUCUACCUCUCCAAAAUCUACGAGUUUGUGGACACCUUCUUGAUCAUCCUUAGUGGGUCCUUUCAACGGCUGACAUUCCUCCAUGUGUACCACCACACAAUGGUGCUGGUCAUGUGCUACAUUUGGCUCCACACCUCACAGUCUCUGUUCCCGGCGGUGAUCGUAGCAAACGCCACGGUGCACGUGGUGAUGUACACCUACUACUUGCUCUCUGCGCUUGGGGUGAGGCCUAAGUGGAAGAGGAGGGUCACCGAGUUUCAAAUAUUUCAGUUCAUGUCAAGCUUCGUGGGGUUGGUUUGGAUGCUCAUCUAUCACUUUAACGGGUCGGGUUGCUGCGGGAUCUGGGGAUGGUGCUUCAAUAUUUUUUUCUAUGUUUCUCUUUUGGCUUUGUUCAUGGACUUCCAUGCUAAGAGUUAUGGCAGCUCCAAGAAGGAUUUGUGAUCAUGAUGAUGAUGAGAUCAAGUAGUUCCCUUGAAUGUAUUUUGUGUUAUUGAUUUAUAAUGCAUCAAUUAAUUGCUUUCUAUUAAUUUUCAUAUUUGAAUAAUUUUUUUAGUUAAAAGUGAAGUGUUGAAUCA